AUGUUUCAGGGCAACGUUAUAUGCUUUGGCGAUGCCACGCACCGCCAUCCACCUAUCAACGGUCUGGGGAGCAACACCUGCAUUUCCGACGCUUUCAAUAUUGCAUGGAAAUUAGCAUACGUCCUUAAAGGCCAGGCUUCUUCGGCAAUCCUAGACACAAUCACCCCAGAUAGAAAACCUGUGGCAGUUGGUGUUGUCCGCCGAGCCAACGAAGGCAUGGUCGCUCACAGAGAUCUAUGGCAGGUUAUCGGUCUCGUCAAAGAGGAACAAGACCGCUUCUUCGAAGUUCGAGCUCAAGCAUCUGCAGAUGGCAAAAGUUUACGACAAAAUUUGGACGCUGCCAUUGAAAAGAUCACCAAUGAGGUCCAGGCGUUAGGAAUUCAAAUGAAUCAAAGCUACGUGAAUUCGGCAUUGACCAAAAUCGAAAAUGUUGACAUCCAUCCCACUUUUGCGGACCCAAAUCCCAUCAAACAUCUGCUGGUCUCGACUUUCCCAGGAUACCACCUCCCCCAUAUUUGGCUCUGCGAGCCAGGUAAGAAAGAGCGCCUGUCUACCCUUGAUCUUGCUGGACAUGGCGUGUUCACGCUGCUUACGGGCAUCGGAGGCGACAAGUGGAAAGUCACUGCUGCAGAGCUUACCCACAGAAGUAAGUUGAUCUUGAAUGCAUUCUCUAUCGGCUAUCGGCAAGACUACGCUGAUAUGUAUCGUGACUGGCCUAAAAUACGUGAGGUGGAUGAGGAUGGAGCUAUUCUCGUUCGACCCGAUCAUUUUAUUGCAUAG